AUGGAUAUAGUUGAACAAGAAAAUCAGAGUCUCAGGGAGGAGGUUGCCACUUUACGAGAGGGAAUGGAUAGGUUGACGACCAUGAUGAGUGCACUCUUGUCAGCCCAGAACUCUCAAGCUGCCGCCGCUGCCGUAGAGCAGCCCUUGGUGAGCACAACCCCGCUAUCUACAGUAACUUCUCCACCCCUCUUUUUGCCUCCAGGUUGUACAUGGGGAAUGCCACCUCCAGUCUGUGGAAGCCCCCAGCCCGCUGUAUCUGAAGUUCCACCUCCUUUUGCUCAGCAGUCAGCACCGGUUCCGCAACCCAAUACCUCUUUCCCUCAAGCUGCAAUGACUUAUUCAGCUCCACUGAUUCACACUAUUCAACAAGAGGUUGAACCAAUUUUCCCAGCUGAAAAUGUUGUAGCCUUUGACAAGAUGGAAGAACUCCAAGAAAGAUUUGAUGGUAUGCAAAGGGAAGUCGAAGCCCUCCGAGGAAGAGAUCUGUUCGGGAAGGACGCCUGUGAAUUAUGCUUGGUCCCAAAUGUUACUAUCCCUCACAAGUUCAAGGUGCCAGACUUCGAGAAGUAUAAAGGGAACUCUUGUCCCCGCAGUCACUUGGUGAUGUACGCGCGGAAAAUGUCCAUGUAUACUGACAAUCAUAAGCUGCUUAUUCAUUUCUUUCAGGACAGCCUGACUGGGGCCGCUCUGAAAUGGUAUAUGAAUUUGGACAGUGCGAGCAUUCGUACUUUCAAUGACCUGGGUGAAGCGUUCAUCCGGCAGUAUAAGUACAAUCUGGACAUGGCCCCAGAUCGUGAUCAGCUCCGUGCGAUGACACAAAAAGAGAAGGAAACGUUCAAGGAGUAUGCCCAGCGUUGGAGGGAAGUGGCUGCCCAGAUUGUCCCGCCGUUGGAAGAAAGGGAAAUGACCAAAAUAUUUCUGAAGACCCUGAGCCAGUUUUAUUACGAGAAAAUGGUUGCAAGUGCACCAACAGACUUCACCGAAAUGGUCAACAUGGGGGUGCGAUUAGAGGAAGGUGUCCGAGAGGGACGUUUGACUGGGGAAAGUGCCCCUGCCGCAAGCAAUGCCAAGAAGUUUGGAGGCCACUUUGCGAAGAAGAAAGAUCAAGAGGUGGGAAUGGUAGCUCAUGGUAAACCUCAGCAGAAUUUCACCCCAUAUCGUCAGGUUGCGAAUGUCGCAUCCACUAUCCCAAACCCAUCAUAUCACCAACAAAGGCCACAUUACCCCUACCCAUACCCUCCACAACAAUACCCUCCACAACAAUACCCUCCACAGCAAUACCAUCAGCCACAAUACCCUCAAAAACAACAAAAUCGCCCGCAGACCCUCCAACAACCAUAUCACUCACAAAACCGCCAGAAAACAACCUUUGAUCCAAUCCCGAUGAAAUAUGCUGACUUACUCCCCGCCCUGCUCGCCAAAAACCUUGUCCAGGUCAGAACACCCCCUCGUACACCAGAUGUUUUACCUCCCUGGUUUCGUCAUGAUUUAACCUGCGCUUUCCACCAAGGGGCCCCAGGUCAUGACGUUGAAAACUGCUAUGUCCUGAAGAAUGAAGUGCAAAAACUAGUCCGGGCCAACUUGCUAUCCUUCAAAGAUCAGAAUCCCAAUGUUCAGGCGAACCCUCUGCCGAACCAUGGGCCUGCUGUCAACAUGAUACAAGAUUGUGAUGAAGACAGUGUCAUCCUGAACGUCCAACACGUUCGAACUCCCCUGGUCCCAAUACAUAUCAAGAUGUGCGAGGCAGCUCUGUUUGACCAUGAUCAUGCAGCGUGUGAAAUAUGUCCUGUGAAUGUAAAAGGAUGCCCGAAGGUACAAGAGGACGUACAAGGGCUGAUAGACAGCAGAGAACUUAUCAUCACGAGGAAGGACAAAGAAGUGUGCGUCAUUACCCCCGAGUUUCAGCGGUUGGAAAUAAGCUAUAACAGUGGGGAAUCAACUACUACUCCACUGGUGAUUAGCUUGCCAGGACCUAUGCCGUAUGCUUCUCUAAAAGCGGUCCCUUACAAGUAUAGUGCCACGAUGUUGGAAGGUGGGCAGGAGGUGCCUUUGCCCUCUCUAACUCCUGCGAUUUCUGUGGACAACAUUGCUAGUGACGGUAAAGUUCUGAGGAAUGGACGUGUUAUCCCCACAUUGUUUGCAAAGAAAGUAAAUGAUCCGGCAGUUAAACAGGUGACAGUGAACGGCCCCGGUACAAGGAAGGAAGUAGGCCAAUUCAAUGGGACUAGUAAGAAUUCUGAUCAUGACGAAAUUCUGAAACUGAUCCAGAAGAGUGAGUAUAAAAUAGUAGACCAGCUGCUGCAAACUCCCUCUAAGAUAUCCAUUUUGUCUCUGCUAUUGAACUCAGAAGCACACCGUGAGGCUCUAAUGAAGGUGUUGGACCAAGCUUUUGUGGAGAGGGACGUGACUGUUAAUCAAUUGGACAGUAUAGUAGGAAACAUUACUGCCUGCAAUAAUUUAAGUUUUAGUGAUGAAGAACUUCCUGAGGAGGGGAGGAACCACAAUUUGGCGUUACAUAUAUCGGUGAACUGCAAGUCUGAUGCUCUGUCGAAUGUACUUGUGGACACUGGUUCCUCAUUGAAUGUAAUGGCCAAAUCCACAUUAGAUCAACUUUCCUACCAGGGGCCCCCCAUGAGAAGAAGCGGGGUGGUUGUCAAAGCGUUUGAUGGAUCAAGAAAGUCUGUUAUCGGGGAGGUUGAUUUGCCCAUUACAAUUGGGCCGUUUGUUUUCCAAAUUACAUUCCAGGUGAUGGAUAUCCAAGCCGCAUACAGUUGCCUUUUGGGUAGGCCGUGGAUCCAUGAAGCGGGGGCCGUGACAUCCACCUUGCAUCAAAAGCUGAAGUUUGUCAGAAAUGGGAGAUUGAUCACUGUGAGUGGAGAGGAAGCCUUGUUGGUUAGUCAUUUGUCAGCUUUUUCCUUUAUUGGUGCUGAUGAAACAGAAGGAACCUCUUUCCAAGGCCUGACUGUAGAGGGUAAAAAGCCAGAGAAGAAUGAAGUGUCUUUUGCUACUUGGAAGAGCGCACAGAAAGUGGUGCAGGAGGGAACAUGUGUAGGAUGGGGAAAAGUUGUGCAGUUGAUAGAGAGUAAAAACCGUGAAGGACUGGGAUUUGCUUCCUCUGCAGGAUCCGCAACGAACAGUGUUGGAUCAAGCUCCAUUACUAGCACCUUUUGUAGCGCCGGGUUCAUCAACAACUCGCCAGAAGCCAAUGCUGUCUUGGAAGACGUUCCUGAAGAGAGAGUACUUGCAUUUGUCACACCUGGAAAACUUGUUCGCAACUGGGACACGGUUGACAUCCCUUCAGUAGUUCAUGCAUCAAAACUAGGCAUUUAUGAGCCCGUUGAACAUAAUAACCCUGCACUCUCUCCCAACUUCGAAUCUCCUGUCUACGAGGCUGAAGAGGAGGAGGAUGAUGAAAUCCCGGAGGAACUUGCUCGGUUAUUGGAAUAUGAAAAGAAAACCAUUCGGCCUCAUGAGGAGGUAGUAGAGGUGAUUAACUUGGGAACCAAGGAAGAUAAGAAGGAAGUCAAGAUUGGGGCAUCGCUUGAGGCAACUGUCAAACGAAGGGUGAUUGAAUUACUCAAAGAAUACGCCGAUGUGUUCGCAUGGUCGUACCAGGAUAUGCCCGGCUUGGAUCCCCGUAUUGUGGAGCACCGUUUGCCUUUGAAGCCCGAAUGCCCACCGGUCAAACAGAAACUGAGAAGAACUCACCCUGACAUGGCUCUCAAGAUCAAAGAGGAAGUACAGAAGCAGAUCGAUGCAGGUUUUCUUGUCACAUCAGAGUAUCCUCAAUGGUUAGCCAACAUAGUGCCUGUUCCAAAGAGGGACGGCAAAGUCAGGAUGUGCGUUGACUAUCGGGAUUUGAACAAGGCUAGUCCGAAAGAUGACUUUCCUCUACCUCACAUCGAUGUAUUGGUUGACAGCGCUGCAAAGUCCAAGGUCUUCUCCUUCAUGGACGGUUUCUCUGGGUACAAUCAGAUCAAGAUGGCAGUUGAAGACAGAGAAAAGAUAUCUUUCAUCACGCCUUGGGGCACCUUUUGUUACAGGGUAAUGCCUUUUGGGUUGAUAAAUGCAGGUGCCACUUACCAAAGAGGCAUGACCACUCUCUUUCAUGACAUGAUGCAUAAAGAGAUAGAAGUGUACGUGGAUGAUAUGAUUGUCAAGUCAGGCACUGAAGAAAAACAUGUCGAGUACUUGCUGAAGAUGUUUCAACGGCUGAGAAAGUACCAACUUCGACUGAAUCCCAACAAAUGUACCUUUGGUGUUAGAUCUGGAAAACUCUUGGGCUUCAUUGUCAGUCAGAAAGGUAUUGAAGUAGAUCCUGACAAAGUCAAGGCCAUUAGAGAAAUGCCGAUUCCACAAACAGAGAAACAAGUGAGAGGUUUUCUUGGGCGUCUAAAUUACAUUUCUCGUUUCAUCUCGCACAUGACAGCCACGUGCGGACCUAUAUUCAAAUUGCUUCGAAAAGAUCAAGGGGUUGUUUGGACCGAAGAUUGUCAAAAGGCUUUUGACAGUAUCAAGAAUUAUCUGCUAGAACCUCCAAUUCUUAUACCUCCAGUUGAAGGAAGGCCUCUGAUUAUGUACUUGACUGUGUUAGAAGAUUCUAUGGGCUGUGUGCUCGGACAACAGGAUGAGACCGGAAGGAAAGAGCAUGCCAUCUACUACUUGAGCAAGAAGUUUACAGAUUGUGAGUCCAGGUACUCCCAACUUGAGAAAACUUGUUGUGCACUAGCCUGGGCUGCCAAGCGUCUUCGUCACUACAUGAUUAACCACACCACCUGGCUAAUAUCCAAGAUGGACCCGAUCAAGUAUAUCUUUGAGAAACCCGCUCUGACAGGAAGAAUUGCUCGUUGGCAGAUGUUGUUAUCCGAGUAUGAUAUCGAAUACCGUACCCAGAAGGCAAUUAAGGGAAGUGUUCUUGCUGACCAUUUGGCUCACCAACCAAUUGAGGGCUAUCAACCCAUCAAGUUUGACUUUCCUGAUGAAGAAAUUAUGUACUUGAAGACGAAGGUUUGUGAUGAACCAUUGCUUGGAGAAGGUCCAGAUCCCGAGUCUAGAUGGGGUUUGAUUUUUGAUGGAGCCGUGAAUGUCUGUGGCAAUGGAAUUGGGGCAGUUAUUAUCACUCCUGAAGGUAAUCAUCUCCCUUUCGCUGCAAGGUUACAGUUUGAUUGCACCAACAAUAUGGCAGAGUAUGAAGCAUGUAUCCUGGGCAUUGAAGAAGCCAUCGACUUGAGAAUCAAGAACCUUGAUAUUUACGGGGAUUCAGCUCUCGUAAUCAACCAAAUCAAAGGAGAAUGGGAAACUCGCCACCCCGGCUUGAUUCCAUACAAAGAUUAUGCAAGACGUUUGCUAACCUUCUUCAACAAAGUGGAGCUUCACCACAUCCCUCGUGAUGAGAACCAGAUGGCAGAUGCGUUAGCAACUUUAUCCUCCAUGUAUGAAGUGAGUCACCGGAACAAUUUGCCAACAAUCAGAAUUCAGCGCCUCGAGAGGCCCGCUCACGCGUUUGCAGUCGAAGAGGUUGUUGUUGAUGAUAAGCCCUGGUUCCAUGAUAUCAAGUGUUUCCUCCAAAGUCAGGAAUAUCCACCUGGAGCUUCCAACAAAGACAGGAGAACUUUGAGAAGAUUAUCUGGUAAUUUCUUCCUAAAUGGGGAUGUUUUGUACAAAAGAAACUUUGACAUGGUACUACUCAGGUGUGUAGAUAAGCAAGAAGCAGAACUUUUGAUGCAUGAGGUACAUGAAGGCUCCUUUGGAACUCACUCCAAUGGACAUGCAAUGGCUAGGAAGUUGUUGAGAGCAGGUUACUACUGGAUGUCGAUGGAAACAGAUUGUUGCAAGCAUGCCAGGAAGUGCCACAAAUGCCAAAUUUAUGCUGACAGAAUGCAUGUACCACCAACUACACUUAAUGUUCUUUCUUCUCCGUGGCCCUUCUCUAUGUGGGGCAUCGAUGUGAUUGGUAGAAUCGAACCGAAAGCUUCAAACGGGCAUCGUUUCAUUCUAGUGGCUAUUGAUUACUUCACCAAGUGGGUUGAAGCAGCAUCUUAUGCAAAUGUGACUAAACAAGUUGUGGUCCGCUUUAUCAAGAAUCAGAUCAUCUGCCGUUAUGGUGUGCCCAACAGAAUCAUUACAGAUAAUGGAACGAACGUGAAUAACAAGAUGAUGAAAGAUUUGUGUGAAGAGUUCAAGAUUGAGCAUCACAAUUCUUCUCCUUACAGACCUCAAAUGAAUGGCGCAGUUGAAGCUGCAAACAAGAAUAUCAAGAAGAUAGUGCAGAAGAUGGUGGUCACAUACAAAGACUGGCAUGAGAUGUUACCGUAUGCUUUGCAUGGGUAUCGCACUUCAGUGCGUACCUCAACAGGGGCAACCCCUUUCUCUUUGGUGUAUGGCACGGAAGCAGUACUCCCUGUGGAGAUUGAGAUUCCAUCAAUGAGAGUUAUAAUGGAGGCCCAGUUAUCAGAAGCUGAAUGGUGCCAAAGCAGAUAUGAUCAGUUGAAUCUAAUUGAAGAAAAACGCAUGAAGGCCUUGUGCCACGGACAACUUUAUCAACAGAGGAUGAAGCAAGCUUUCGACAAGAAGGUUCGUCCUCGUGUGUUUCAAGAAGGAGAUCUUGUGCUCAAGAAGGUUUUAUCUUUCCAACCCGAUUCUAGGGGCAAGUGGACGCCUAAUUACGAAGGCCCAUAUGUCGUCAAGAGAACUUUCUCUGGUGGUGCGCUGAUUGUUACGACUAUGGAUGGGGAUGAGCUCCCUCGUCCCGUGAAUGCGGAUGCAGUCAAGAAAUACUUUGUCUAAAAAUAAAAGAACAGCUCGGUAAGUCGAAAACCCGAAAGGGCGGCUUAGGCAAAAAUGAGCGUCUCGGUGGGUCGAAAACCCGAAAGGGCGGCCCAGGCAAAAAUUAGAGACAUCAAACAGAAAAAUAAUUAGCCUGAUAGGUCGAAAACCCGAAAGGGCGAUCUAUGCAAAAGUUAAGGAUCAAAAGACAAAGUAACUGCAUCGAGAGGAUCUUCGUUCAUUUGGGGCACAAUGGAAUGUCAAGGAGACCCUGAAUCUGAAGCAUCCAAACAGUGGAAUUCAAGGUUGUCAGAGGGAACAACGGUUAUUGUGUUCAAUGAACCUUCGAUUUAUAUUUACCAUUUUCCAAACUUUGUAAGAUCAGUGGAGCCAUGCCAUUGGUAGGUCACCACUCUUUCAAAUAAAUUUGAGCCUGUUGCCUUUCAUUUGGAAUUCUCAUUUAUUCAGCUUAUAAAAC